AUGUAUCGUCGGUUGAAAGAGCAUGGUGCUCCGCCACCUAGUGCAGUUACUCCCGAUGAUGGUAUACGACGCUCAGCUCGCAUCGCAGCAAAAGAUACAACAACCAGCUUAGUUUCUGACUAUGAUAAUAGUGUUGAGAGGAAUGGAGACAACACAGAAUCAACAAAAACAAUAACAACGAAAUUUAGACUGUAUGAUAUCAAAUCAGCAGCACAACGUCAUGAGUACGAAAAUAAACAUAAUAUUGACUGGAAAAAAUGGGUCAGUAGUAAGCA